AUGAUUAGAUAAUAAUCUAUAAUCUCAGCAGAGUAUUUAGUCUUUGAUACAAUCCAUCUCAUCAAAAAAGGGCAAUACAAACAAUGUGUUGCUAAAAUUAAUAAACUAGUAUUCGAUCCUAUAUUGGCCCAAGGUUAACCAUAAUUACUAUAAUUGCAAAUCUAAUUAUGUCGUCGACUCUUAUAUUGCUCUAAUAAAAUCCUUAAAAAGUAACAUCUACUCAUCAUACUAAUAGAUACUUUCUAAAAUUUUCAGAAAAAUCUCAUAAAAUUCAUCCGUUACUUAAUCGAUCGAUUGAAUUGUGUUUCCAUUACAUACAAUUUUUGGAAAUAUAUGAAAAAGAAAAUGUAAAAUUGGACACCUCUCCUUUAGUAUCACCAUCUCCAACAUCUAAAAAAAAAUAACUUUUUAAAGAACUUUAUACAGAAUAAUUGAGUUUGGCUCAUAAAAUGGAAAUGUUUUUCUCCCAAGAUAUUGUUAAUAAUUAUGUUUAGAAAUCAAACAUUUGGUUUAAAGACCAUUAUCAGAAUUGUUACAUAUAACUUAUAGAAACACUCUUAAAUGCAUAUAGAUAUCAUAAAUAUAAUAGAAGUCAUUAUCCAUCUCUCUAUUUACAUCUCUUAACUUAAUUAAUGAGUUACAACAAAAAAUAGAAUUCAAAUAACCAAAAAAAUAUAAAACUUUCUCUUUUAAAAGGAGAAAUGUUAAUACUUGUAGGCAAUGCAUAUUUUGAAUUUAGUAUAAAUUUAUUUUAAAUCUUUAAGAUGAUUAUUAAAAAGCAGAAUAAAAUUAUCUUUGCUCAAUAGAUGAAACCAUAACAUCAGUUAGAUGUUUAUUAGAUGAUAUUGAUAAGUUAAAAAUAAAUGUUGAUUCUUAAAUUGUAAAAAUAUCAUUAUCAAAAUUGAUAAGCCAAAUUAUCAUAAGUUUAGAUUUAUAAUCUUUACUUAAUUUUUAGAUUGAACAUUAUAAUCGUUGCAUUGAAAUCAACAUACUUUCACAUUUGUUUAAUAAGAUUUUAUUCUAUUUUGAUGCUUGCAAAGAACUUCAACAACAUUUAGAAACUAAAACAAUUGAAAUAAAAGAUAAUUAUAAAGAUUAUGUUCAGGAAACAACAGAAAUAUGUAAGUUGCUUUCGUUAAUCUUUUAAAUUCCAUUAAAAUAACAUCAAUAAAAUUUUAAUCUAUCUAUUCAAAUUGAAUAACUAUCAUAAACUGAUCAAUAUUAACAUAAAUUAUUUGAUAAAUAUGAAUAUGGAAAAGAUAACAAUAAUUUUUUUAUAAAGAAUAAAGAAUUACCACCUAAACCUAAACAGUUAUCUUCGUUAUCAACUCUUGAAAAUGCAGGAUUAGCAUAAUAAUAUUUUAUAAGGAAUUAGACAAUGAAGAAUUUUAAGUUAAAACAUAAUAAUUCUCAAUGUUCUAUAGAAUAAUCAUCUACUAAUUAUAAUGAUAGUCAAAUAUAAAAUAAAAUUGAUUAAAGUAGUUUGAGUUAAAUUGAUACAUCCAACAUUUCUAAAAUAAAAUUUGGUAUGACUCCAAAGAUGGCUCAUAGAUAAAGUUUUUUAAGUGAAUUAAUACAUUUGAGAAAUUAGGGAUAAAAAACUGAUAAAUCUGUUAUUUAGGAAACAGAAAUUGAAAGAAAUCAUAGAUAAUAAAAAGAGUUAUUAUAAAAAAUAAAUAAUAAAAGUAUAAAUUUUUAUUAUAAUAAAUAAUAGAUUUUUAUUAACCAUUAGAUUAAGUUAUUCAUACAUAUAUUAAUGAAAAUCUAACUAGUCAUUAAAAGUGUUAAUCACUAUAAGAAGUAAAAUAGAAUGCAAAAUUAAUUUGUUAAGCUGAAUCUGAAGUUCAUAAAGAAGUCCCUAUAACUAAAAGCUUACUUUAAGCUAGAAGAAUGACAUGUCCUUAAGGAGUUGUCGUUAAAGAUUAAAAUGCAGAUAAUGAAUUCAAUAAGUUAUUAGAGUUUAAUGUUAUUGAGUAUUUUGAUUUUGUUUAGACAAAUAAAGAUUAAGCUGUUACAAGUUUAAAGGCUCAAUAAGAAAGCUAACAAGUUAGAAUUGCUUAAUAAAAUUUAUUCUCAGAAAAUUUCAUUCCUAAAAAGAAAUUAAAUUUUAUUGAAAAUGAAGAAAUUAAAUAAUUAGAAUAAGCUUAAGUAAUUGCAUAACAAGCUGAAAAUCUUCUUAAAAGAACAUAAGAUAAACGAAAAUCUUCAUAAAAACAAUCUAGAAUAUCAAUAUUGUCUUUAAUGUAAGAUAAAGCAUUUAAAAAAUAAGAAACAAUAUAAAUUCCAAUUACUUAAGAAUAAGCUAUGGAAAAAGCUCGAAAUUCAAUUAAAUAAGUUAUCUCUCUAAAUGAGAAAUAAAAAGAAUAAUUCGAAGAGGAAGAUUAAUAAUUAAAGGAAGUAUUAUAUUUUAAAUAAAAAUUAAAGGCAGAAUUACCGUACAAAUUUAAAAGAUCUCUUUCUGGAAAGUAAAAUUAAAAGCAAGAGUUUAAAAGUAUUUUGAUUAAACAUGAAUUCGGUCAUCUCUGUUAAUCAACCAAAAAUAUAAGGGAAAAGGAUUUUAGCAUUCAUAAUAAUAAUAGUGAAUAAAAGUUAAAAGGAAUAAAUUUGGAAAAAAUUAAAUGA